UUCAGAUGUGUGGUUAAACCGUUAAACUGGAUGAUGCACUCUUUGAAACAGCUGAUACAAUGAGUGGUGGAGGAAGUAAACCCAGGGGUGGGAAGAUGGGUAUAUCGAUUUGAGCUGCUAGUGUGUCUGCAGAAGCCGUGCAGAAUGAAGAGAAGGAACAUUGGUUGAUAAAUUGAAUGUCGUUGGCAAAAUAAUUGCUGAUGUGGUGAGAAAUUACCAAGCAUAAAAGAUGCAGGUUUCACAUUUGGAGAUGGAACUCGCUAAAAGCCAGAAAGAGGUAAUGUUGUGUCUAUCAGAGUCUUUGUUUUGUAUGAGUUGCUAAGAAAAUUGAACUAAUUUGUAAGACCCGUUUUUCUGCAGAUUGAUAGUUUGAAAUCGGAACAUAGUUAUCUUAAGAAGCAGCUUGCAUCUUUGGAGGCUGCAUCACAGCUAAAGAAAGACGAGCUUGAGAAAAUUAUAUCUGUGUAGGAGAAAUAGAUCGAUACACUUGUGCCAGGGUAAAAGGAGCUGAAAGAGAAGGUUUGCAAAUAUGUUUUUUUAUGGUUUUCUUUUUCCAAUUGCUGUUUUACUGAAAUGAGAAGGCGGAUCAUUUAUCGAAGCUCUUUUUUUGGUUCAGGCUCUGGCGCUUUAGAACAGGAUUGAAAAUGCUGGUGGUCAAUUGUUGAAGAAUCAGAAGUAUUCAUUCUGUAAGUGAUCAUUCUCCUGGAAUUAUUGAAAUUACAUAAAAUCUCGUACGUGCUAUUGCUGAUAAAUGCUCUGAGAUCAAUCGCCAUAAAGUGCAAAUAGAGACAAGUCAGAAACUGAUAAAGAAGUUGACGAAGGGGACUGAAGAUUCAAGGAAGGAAAAGGAACGACUAGAAGAUGAAAAGGAAAAAACAAAAACUGGAAAGUGUUUUCAAAGAUAGAAGUGAAAGCCUUUGAUGUUCAAGAGAAGUACAAGAAAACACAGGAGUUCUGGUAGCUAAACUUUGCUGAUUGAUCUCCAGGGCUUGGUUGUGGCUUAAGUGUGGUUUGCUGGUUUCAUUACGUCUGUGGCAGUUAAUUGACGAACAUAAGGGAGUCUUGGAUAAAGCUAGGGAUGAUUAUGAGCAAUUGAAGGUGGUCGAUGAGUUGCAUGCAUCAGAGUUGCAGAAUCCAGAAUGAUCUUGUGGACCCUGAAAAGCUUCAAGCAACCUUGGCUGAUGGAAAUCUUUCCGAGGAUUGUGAUAUGAAGAAAGCCCUGGAAAUGGUUAUAUUGUUGCAAGCACAACUGAAAGAGAUGAAUCCUAAUCUCGAUUCGAUCACAGAGUACCGAGGAAAGGUUGCCCUCUAUAAUGAAAGAGUUGAGGAGCUCAAUGCAGUCACUCAGAACCGUGACCAUGUCAAAAGGCUGGAUGAGUUCUUGUCAGGGUUCAAUUCCAUAUCCUUAAAGUUGAAGGAAUUGUAUCAGAUGAUUACACUCGGAGGUGAUGCAGAGCUAGAGCUAGUGGAUUCUUUGGAUCCUUUCUCUGAAGAUGUUGUAUUCAGUACGCUGAGUUCCCUAGCUCUGGUUUUUGCACUCCACCAUUACAAGCCUACACCAUUGUAUGUGAUGGACGAGAUCGAUAGUCCUGAAAGACUGAUUCCAGUUGAACAAACGGCAAGGCAGAAGGUUGCAGAACUUAAGUCGAUAUUCAGAGAAAGAGUCAGGGUCUGUCCUGAAAGCAAUUUUACAUACCAAAGAAUCUAAAAGCAUUGAGGGGAUUUAAGGAAGAAUGGGGAACUUAGGUGCCAUUGAUGGUGAGUUUUACCUUUUCCUGGUAUUUCAACUUUCUACUAAGUAUCCUGCACUUGCAAGAAUGAUAUCUGAUCUACCAUAUUUGCAUAAUUUGAAUCCCUGGUAUAGUCACUUCGUCGUUGGCUAUUGUUUAUUAGACUGCCGGAAGAAGCAGAACUUGUAGCUCUAAAAGAGACCAACGAAUUGUUUCUCUCUAUUUUGAGGUUCAAUAGUCCAACUUGUCUUGUGAAUGGUGUCUGUUAUUGUAAACCUCUACCUUUAGCAGUUCAAGGCUUUUGCAUGUUUCUUAUGACAUUAUGGUCAAAGUCCCAGAGGCCUUUUUCUAUAACUUAUGUGCUUAUAUCAUUGCAGCAAAGUAUGAUGUUGCCUUAUCGACGGCCUGCGUUGGACUAGAUUAUAUCGUUGUUGAGACGACAGCGGCAGCCCAAGCAUGUGUUGAAUUGUUAGACGGGAGAACCUUGGAAUUGCAACUUUCAUGAUACUGGUAUGAGUUCCUUUUAUUGCUGGUUGUGCUAUUUAUGGUUAAUGCCAAAAAAUGACUCACUAGUUUGGAAGUUGGUAUCGAGACAGUUUUGUACAAUGACAAAGGAGAUGCCUUUUUGAUAGUGGCUGUUACUCUUUGCCAAUUUCGUGAAUUCUACCAUGAUGUCUGAAGAAUAGUUUGGUUCGUUGCAUGUAAUUGGGAUUUACUAUUGACGCUGGUAACAAAUUGAUGCCAAAGCUAGACUGACUUCUGGUUUUGAACAUGCAAGGCAACAAGAAUUGCGUAUGGAAACACAGACUUCCAACGUGUGGUUACUCUGGAUGGUGCACUUUAUGAAAUAGCUUGUAGAAUGAGUGGCAGAGGAAGGUACAUCGAUUGGAGCUCCUCCCUCUCUCUCUUAUCUUCUCAAUCCCACAAAGCUUCUUCCUUUCUCCUCGCUCUGUCAAUUAGAUCUGGCAAUUUCUACCAUGUCCCUGCCAAUUUCGCGUUCCUUCUUCAAAGUUUCCAUUGGUCCGAUAUCCAGAUCUCCUCCAAUUAUGAGAUUCCAUGGCUCGGCCGAUUUCGUCGAUCUGUGACUCCCGGCUUUUACCGACGAGAUUUGCGCCAACCACCCGAUGUUAAGAUUUGUACCUCCUUGUUUUAUAUUUUUCCUUACUUAUUUUCAUACUGUUCUUCUAGAUCUGAUUUUUUUUUAUAUUAUCACCAGACUACCGGCUCUGCCGAUUUAGCCUAUCGGCCACUCUCGGGUCUGCCGUUUUCGCCUAUCGGCGACUCCUGGCUCUAUCGAUUUCGCCGAUCCUAGACUCCCGCUUUUACUGACUAGAUCUCCUCCGACCACCGUAUGGUAAGAUUUGUACCUCUUGUUUAAUGUUUUUUUCAUACUGUUCUUCUAAAUCUGAUUUUUUCUGCAGAUUUCCCACAUGGAGGAUUGGUCAGCCGUACCUCCAUGGAUGGCAGUAGAGAGAAGCUGCCGUGCUAGGUUUUUCUCUCUCGUUUUAUUAGCGUUUUGGCCUAUUUGCUUUUUGUUUUUGCAACCGGUUUUGUUUUUGCUUUUUCUCUCUCAUUUCAUGAGCCCACAAUUCUUCCAAAAUGCCCAGCGGGCCUCCCACAUUUUGAGAAUUAUCUGAGGUACUAACGGCGUACUUUCAAAUGAUUUUGUUUACAGGGCCCAAACCAUGUCUGUGUUCAUAUAUAAAUGUCGCUAGUGAUCUCAGCGAAGAUUGAAAUUCAAUUUACAAUUUUCAAAUUUUACCUGUCCAAUUCCUUUUCAACUGGCUAUUUUGCCCCUGAAACCCUAGGUUCUCUUAUAUAAAUCCUUUGCUCUAAUGUAACAAAUUCAACAGUUUCAUCUUGAAGGGUUACUAAAUAUAACUUGUCCAUGAUUCAGAGCACCACCAAGAUGAACAGAGCUACCAAGCACAUGCUUAAGAACAUUCACGUUGUGCAAACACGGAUAAAACAAGAAUUAUGGAUUUGAGGGAAAAAUCAAAGUAUGCUUAAGAUCAAUCACGUUGCACUGCAAACGAAGAUGCAAACACAAAGAUAUAACGAGAAAUAUGGAUUUGAGUGAGAAAUCGUAGUAUGAACAACUAUGGCACAAAUUAAGAACAUACCUCACGGUAUGAGUUGGUGUGGGAUUCGCGAUGGCGGUAACAGAGAUCCAUCGACAUCACCUUCGAGCAGACAUUGCACUGCUAGUUUCCCUCAAACAUCUCCCUAGUGUGAGAAAUCGCCAUUAGCUCAGAUAACUCCUGGGAUUUGUAUGAAUAGAGAAAAGUCUCCUUC